UGCUGCUGCCGCUGCUGCUGCUCCUGCUGCUGCUCCUGCUGCUGCUGCACCUGUGGUGAAAGAAAGUGUAGCUCGCCUCACUUCGGAUUUACCUGCUGACCAAAAAUGCCUCAGUUGUAGGCUCCAGUCUUAUCCUCACUCACUCACUCACUCACAAAGAAAGAAAGAAACACUCACCAGUCACCAUGAAGAAGGGAGCUCUGCACUUUUUGGGUCGAAAGAACCAGUCUCUGUUCGACACCAACAUCAGACUCAAGGACAUGGACAACGUGGAGUUGGUGUUGGAUUCACCGGCGAUCCUUGAGUCGGGGACGGCCAGUGUGCGGGCGAGACCCACGGUCAAACAUCACGCUUCGUCUGAUAAUUUUCAAGCGUUUGCUGUCCCAACACCCAAAGUCCCCAUUCUUCCCCCCGUCGGUGGUCCAAAGGUCAACGGUUCAGUUGAUGGAGAUAAUUUUUCCAACGGAUCUGUUAUAUCCGUGCCUGACGACGUGGAAGGGGAGAUAUUUAUCCCUCCGCCUCCAUCAAUGGCACCACCACCACCACCUCCUCCCGGGACUUUCAUCCUUCCUCCACCAGACUUCAUAGGCGACCUAAACAGCCCGGCUCUGGCGAGCCUUCAGGCUCCCACUCCAAAAGUCUCUCCCCUGGCCCUGUCCAUGGAAGAGGUCGAUGUAGCCUCCCUAAAACCGCCACCGAUGGCCCCACCGAAACCGCCAUCUACUUGCUCUACUGGCUCUGGAUCAUCCAUACCCAUCACUAGUUCUCCACCAGCCAGUGUUCCCGCCCAUCCAAGAUUUGCCCCGCCACAACCACCCACUGAAAAGCAACAGAAAAACCUUAAGACACCACCUCCAAAGCCUGUUAGACUGUCCUCUAUUUCCAACUUUGACUUACCACCACAGACUCCGGCCCCACCUCCCCCUGUGCAGACACCUACACGCUCCACCUUCAACCCCCAGAACACGGCAAAGCUUUACAAUACUCCUAAAAUAUCACUUCUCAGCAGGUAUGAGAAUCAUGACACAAAACCCAAGCAGAUGUUACUCCUGGAAGACUCUGUCCCAGUGAUCGUCCCCGUAGAUGGGAAAGCCUCUAAUGUCACCACGCCAACUAAACCUGUUCCCAGAGACACGCAGGAACUCAAGGAAAACUUACAAGUAACCAAGCCCUCCCCGCCUUCCCUACCUAAGCCAAACAAGGAGGCUAAAACAGGUACAGUUUCUGCACAGCAAGUAGUGACUAAACCACCUCAGACUCCACCUAAGACUCCACCUCAGAGGUCACCACACAUCCAGAAAAUAAUUAGUCCUCGUUCAAAUUCAGAACCUAACAAGGAUGAACUUGACGAACCUUCAAGACAAAGUUAUAAAUUUAGUCCAUUAUUAGAUCGGAAACUACGCAACCUGAAGAAUAGUGAAACCACCGGGGCACGAGAGGCACCCGCUGCGUCUCCACUGGCUCUUUUAAUGGCGGCUAAGGAAAGAGAGAAACACAGACCUACACAGUCACUGUCACGGGAAAACAGCGGCAAGAGGGAUGAGCAGCCGAGUGCGAGCAUUUAUGCAAGUGACUCAAGUCCCAAUUCCUUUGUCGUUGUCCCGAGGUCAAGGUCAAGCUCGUCGGCUUCGCCUCCGUCUCAAGAAAGAAAAAAUCUCAACUUAAAUUCUGAACAUAGGCAAGUAAUUCAGACUCCAGAAAAAUCCAUCAGCCAUUCCCUGGUAAGUGAUCACAUGCAGUCUACCAGUCCAGCUCACAGUGGGAUCUCAGCAGCUGCACCGGUGCAUGCAAAAAACCUUGUUGGACGAAACCACAACACAGAGCAAAGCCUCCCAAAAUCUGCACAGCCCUGGGAUAAUAAAGAGGAGGUAAGUGUGCCGUUGCUUCCUCCUCCGCCAGAGUUUGACGAUUCAGAUGAGAUUAUGGAUCCUCCUCCGUCAAUCCGUCCACCUGACCCUCCUGUGAAGAAGGCACCAAAACCAGCCGCCAGCCUUCCACCCCCAGGGCCGCCCCCACCCAAACAUAAACCCCCAGCCGCUCCAAAAUUACCACCUCCUCUCGUCAUAGACACCAAACCGAAGCCUCAGAAGGCCCCUACUCAACUGCCGACCCCUCUCUCUCCAAACCAGGCCACGCUUCUAAGCAUCUUACAGAAGAAGAUGCUGGAAAUGGACCACAAAAUGGCCCCAGUAAAAGAUACAGAGUCCAGUUCUGAUGACUGGGGUAGCCCCCUGUCCGAUGAGGACAAUAAGAUCCCCUUCGUUCCCAAACCCUCGUCGCAGAGCAGGAAUUACCCUGUGUUCAACAAAACGUCGCUGGACAUGCGGGAACUGGAGGGUAAGAUGGCCAAAAAGAACCAGGGGAUCUCCUCAACAAAGGCUGCCACCAGCAAUGGACCAUCAAAGCAUCAGUAUGGUAUGAGCUUUACAAUCCGGCCUGGAACCAAGCAGCCGAUUACCCCUAUUAAUAAACUGGACUCUUGAAAUAUGUGGAAAUGAAGACACAUACACGUGUGUCUGUACAGUGUUGUGUGGUUUUACAUUAGAGGGAAUUUGGACAACGGGGGGAGGGGGGGGGACUGUGGUUGGCAAGUAUGUUGAGAAUGUCUCAUCACACACAGAGAAGUCAGAAAUGUCACUGUCUAAAUGCCUUGUGGGUAAUAUUCAAGGCAUAUUGUAAUAUUAAUAUUCAUAGUGUAAGGGAAAAUCUAUUAAUGGAAUGCUACUUAAUGCUUCUGUUAUUCAUAGCUGUAAAAUGUAAUCCUGAUGCUAACAUAAUGUAAGUUAAAAUUAUCGCGACACUUGCUCGACUGCAUUGUUUAUAAUGUUCGCUGUUACAUGUAAAAUAUGUACUAGAUCCACUGGAGCGGAGCCAAACCGUUCAUUUAGUCGAGGCUGAUCUCUCAUGAGGUUCGUUUCUCAUUACAUAAAUGCUUUUACAUUUAUUGUCAGACUAAUAGACCCCUUGUAGUUAUAGAUGUACAUAUGUUUGUAUAAGAACUUAUAAUAACUUAGAUUUUGUAAUGUUUUGAAACAAUAAGGUCCAAAAUCUUUUAAACUUCAUGGUACAUGUCGAGUUUUCGUGAUGCGGCUGGGCAGUAAAACUGCAACUUUAAACUAUCGCAUUACUUUUUUUUUCCCAACAGUUAUAGAACAGAGUUCAAUAUACAGUAAAUUAAUGUUUAUAGAUUAUGAUAACUCAUGUAAGUGCUUUGAAUGUUUCACUGUUAAGAUGUUUAAUAACGCAAUUAACUGGUUUCUUCAACUUUCCCUCAAGAGCUCAAUUCUUGUCUUAAAUUAGGACAUUCAAUCACUAUUAUUGACAUCGCCUCACUCUAUUAUACAAUUAAAAUAUGUCAAACACACUCUCCAUGAAGUAAGUUAGGGUUGUUGUUGUACAGCAACUCCUUCAUUUGAAUUCAAGCAGUCAUGUUUUGUGUGAAGUAUCAAAUGUUUGUUUUAAUAUGAAGACGCUUUGAUCAGUAAA